UUUGGUUGUCUUUCCGUGUCUCACUUCUCUCUCGACUCUUGCUCUCCAGAAAAAGAACCAUCACCUGCUCUGUGGUGCUGGGCAAGCAAAGAAUUACCCCUUUUUUGCUUAUGUGUGUUAUUCUUACUCUGGCUCUAAAGUUCUUAAUUAUGGCAACAAAUGAAGUGAAGAAAUAAUGUAGAAGAACAGGAGGAAACAAAACCAACAACAUGGGAGAAGACCGAAUAUCAGAAUUACCUGAUCCUCUCAUACAUAGUAUCCUUUCAUUCCUUCCCACCUUUUAUGUUGUUCGGAUGAGCAUCCUUUCAAAGCGCUGGAGACGGAUGUGGAUUCAUAUUUCAGAAUUAUAUUUCGAAGAGUUCAAGGAUUUGACAUUCCAAAAGACGGUGAAAAGUCAAGAAAGCAUGUUCUUCACGUUUGUGAGCAACUAUUUGAGACACCGCAAGCUUUCUAUGCCAUAUUCUGCGGAUGCAGUAUUUGUAACUAGAUUUAAGCUAGACAUGCAAUAUCAUUUUGGAAGCAAGACCGGUGAACAAAUCGAUGAUUGGCUGAGUAUUGCUGUUGAAGGUAAUGUGAAGGAGUUAGACCUUUGUAUCCAACCAAGUGAUAAGAGGUACUACUGCUUACCUCGGUCAGUUCUCAAUUCAAGAUCAUUAACCAUCCUGAAGUUGGAAAGAUUGAAGUUAGAGAUUACUUCUCCUGCAAGCCUUCCCUCUUUGAAAGGUCUUUGCUUGAAGUAUGUGGAAUUUGAUGAUGAGGCAUUUCGAUAUCUUAUUUCUGGAUGUACUAGCAUCGAGGACUUCCAUUUAUGUGUUUGUUCUGUCAGAGAUAUACAUCUUGCUGUUGGUGGAACGCUUAGAAGUCUCUCAUUAUGGUACAUGAAGCUUACUAAUCAGAAAUUGCAAGGCCUAGUUUGUGGACUUCCUCUCCUUGAGAAAUUGACUUUAUAUUCCUGUCAGCUGAGUAAUGUUAGCAUCCAUAGUCGUAGCCUCAAAUCUUUAUGGUUUAGUGGUUGUAGCAUUGAGGCUAAAUUUAAAACACCAAAUCUUGUUCACUUUGUUUUUGAAGGUCAAGUGAAGGCUACCAUUUCGAUUGAUGCUCCCAAACUCUUAGAAGCCAAUUUGAAACUGCAUAAUCUCUGUCCGGAUAAGACUUCUUUCCUUCAUCUUAUUCUGUUUCUUUCGUAUUUUAAAUGCUUGAAAAAGAUGACACUGUCUUUGGACACGUAUGGUUUCUUGAAAGAGUGUCUCAUAGUUCCAAAGGUUAUAAGAAAUAUAUGCUGCCCCCCAUUGCCUACGCUGAAGCAGUUGAAGGUGAAGAUAAAUCAUGAGCUGGUGGGAGAUUCAGAAGUAAGGGACUCUUUGCUUUGGUGUGCACCUUCUGUGGAGAAUUUUGAAAUAGAAAAUCAGUAUUGUCCUUGUUAUCAUUAGGAUACUGUAUGUAAAUUUCAAAUGAUCAGCAUUGAGAAAGAUUUGGACGUCUAUUGGCCAUCUUUUGGUUGAUAUUUUAACAUUGAUAAAAUGUCAUUUUGCCUGAACGCCAAUGUUGAAAUAUCAACAUUUCUGUUGGCAUUGAAAUAUGGAAGCCUUAGCAUUUUGAUUGUGAAGAUAUGUUAUAUUUUUUAUGUGAUAGUGAGAAGGAAGAUAAAUUAUGAUUUUAACAGUUUAUAAUCGGUAUAGUGUA